AUGAGCCGGUGCGCCGAGGCGGCGGCCGUGGCGGCCACGGUGCCGGGUGCGGGCGUCGGAAACGCGGGGCUGCGGCCGCCCAUGGUACCCCGCCAGGCGUCCUUCUUCCCGCCGCCCGUGCCCAAUCCCUUCGUGCAACAGACGCGGAUGGGCGCGGCGAGGCGCAUCCAGAUUUUCUUUCUUGGAAUUAUCCUGCUUCCAAUUCGUGCCCUCUUGGUUGCAUUUAUUUUAAUCCUGGCAUGGCCAUUUGCUGCAAUUUCCACAGCAUGCUGUCCUGAAAAGCUGACCCACCCACUAACUGGUUGGAGGAGGAAAAUGGCCCACCCUGUUCUGAAGUUCCUGGGUCAUGCCAUGUUCAUUUCCAUGGGAUUUGUGGUUUCUGUGAAAGGCAAGAUGGCCAGCGCUGUGGAGGCGCCAAUAUUCGUCGUGGCACCUCAUUCAACCUUCUUUGAUGGAAUCGCUUGUGUGGUGGCUGGGCUGCCUUCCAUAGUGUCUCGAAAUGAGAACAUGCAGGUGCCUCUGAUUGGCAGAUUGUUACAAGCUAUGCAGCCUGUAUUGGUGUCCCGGAUAGAUCCAGAUUCACGAAAAAACACGAUAAAUGAAAUAAUAAAGCGAGCCACAUCAGGAGGAGAGUGGCCUCAGAUACUAGUUUUCCCAGAAGGUACUUGUACGAAUCGUUCCUGUUUGAUUACUUUUAAACCAGGAGCCUUCAUUCCAGGAGUUCCAGUACAACCCAUCCUUCUCAGAUACCCAAACACGCUGGACACCGUGACUUGGACAUGGCAAGGACACACAUUCCUUCAGCUCUGCAUACUUACUUUCUGUCAGCCUUUCACCAAGGUGGAAGUUGAAUUUAUGCCUGUUCAAGUGCCCAACGAUGAAGAAAAAGGCGAUCCUGUCCUUUUUGCCAGUAGAGUCCGGGAUUUAAUGGCUAAAGCGCUAGGAAUUCCAGUCACGGAUCAUACCUAUGAAGAUUGCAGAUUGAUGAUUUCAGCAGGACAGCUAACAUUGCCUAUGGAGGCUGGGUUGGUGGAAUUUACCAAAAUUAGCCGAAAAUUGAAAUUAGACUGGGAUGGCAUUCGGAAGCAUUUGGAUGAAUAUGCAUCUAUUGCAAGUUCGUCCAAAGGAGGAAGAAUUGGUAUUGAAGAAUUUGCCGAGUAUUUAAAGUUGCCUGUUUCAGAUGUCUUGAGACAACUUUUUGCACUUUUUGACAGGAACCAUGAUGGCAGUAUUGACUUCCGGGAGUAUGUGAUCGGCCUGGCUGUCCUGUGCAACCCCGCCAACACAGAGGAGAUCAUCCAGGUGGCAUUUAAGCUCUUUGAUGUGGAUGAAGAUGGUUACAUAUCAGAGGAAGAAUUCUCCACUAUCCUGCAAGCUUCCCUAGGCAUUCCUGAGCUGGAUGUUUCCGGUCUCUUCAAGGAAAUAGCCCAGGGGGAUUCUGUGUCCUAUGAGGAAUUUAAAAGUUUUGCCCUAAAGCAUCCAGAAUAUGCCAAGAUAUUUACAACAUACCUAGACCUCCAGACGUGCCAUGUAUUUUCAUUACCAAAAGAAGUCCAGGCAACUCCAUCCAUCGCAAGUAAUAAAGUCAGCCCUGAAAAUCAUGACGAGAGCACCUCAGACAAAAAAGAUGACUAA